AUGGGGUACGACAGAAGCUGGGUGCUGAUGAAUGAAAGCGACCAUGGUCCGUCGCCGGCGGUCAGCAGAGCUCUGGAGAUGGGGAACGCCUCGGCCGCGCGGAUGGUGUGGCAGGGCGGGAAUGCCAGCGAGGCGGGCGCCGCGGAGAGCGAGGAGCACGGUGAGGAGCAGAGCUACCGGCACUUCACCACCACCGUGCAGGUUGUCAUCUUCGUGGGCUCUCUGCUGGGUAACAUCAUGGUGCUGUGGUCAACUUGCAGAACAUCGCUACUUAAAUCUGUAACCAACCGGUUCAUUAAGAAUUUGGCCUGCUCGGGGAUCUGUGCCAGCCUGGUCUGUGUGCCUUUUGAUAUUGCUCUUAGUUCCAGUCCACACUGCUGCUGGUGGAUCUAUACGAUGCUCUUCUGCAGAAUUGCCAAGUUUCUGCACAAAGUCUUCUGCUCAGUGACCAUCCUUAGUUUUCCAGCCAUUGCUCUUGACAGAUACUACUCUGUUUUAUACCCUCUGGAAAGAAAAAUAUCUGAUGCAAAAUCCCGAGACCUGGUUAUCUAUAUCUGGGCCCAUGCAAUAGUGGCCAGCAUUCCAGUAUUUGCUGUGACCAAUGUGUCUGAUAUUUAUGCCAUGUCCACUUGCUCUGAAUCUUGGAGUUACUCCCUUGGCCACCUGAUAUAUGUUGUCAUCUAUAAUAUCACCACUGUGAUUGUACCAGUGGCUGUGGUAUUUCUCUUUAUGAUUCUUAUUCGCAGAGCUCUGAGUGCCAGCCAGAAGAGAAAAGUCAUCAUAGCUGCAUUAAGGACCCCUCAAAAUACAGUUUCUAUCCCAUAUGCCUCCCAGCGAGAAGCUGAGCUCCACAUCAUGCUGCUUUCUAUGGUUAUGAUAUUUAUCUUCUGCAGCGUCCCCUACGUGACUCUGGUGAUUUACCGCACCAUACUCAAUAUUUCAGAUAUUUCAGUCUUCUUGCUCCUCACCGCUAUUUGGUUGCCCAAGGUCUCUUUGCUGGCCAACCCUUUGUUAUUUUUAACUGUUAACAAAUCAGUACGGAAGUGCUUAGUGGGGACAGUAAUACAGCUGCACCAAAGGUUUAGCAGGAGAAACAUUGUCAGCUCUGGUGGUAUCGCAGAUGAUAACAUGGAGCCCAGUGUCCAUUCGGGAAGCCAGCUUCUGGAGAUGUUUCAUAUCGGGCAACAACAAAUCUUCAAGCCCAUGGAAGAUGAGGAGAAUGAGACCAAAUCCAUUGGCUCUGGUGACUUUCAACGGAAAGAAAUUCCUACCACCGGUUUAGAGCUAGGACGGACUUCGGUUCACAGGUUUAUACCACAGACGAUUGCAGACUCUGCAGCUCAGGUGGCCCCAGCUGUGCCCACAGAAGCUGAUACAGUAAAUGACAAGUAUGCCAUGCAGUUUGGUUUUGGACCCUUUGAGCUGCCUCCACAGUGGCUCUCAGAAAACCGAAACAAUAAGAAGCGACUCCUGCCUCCUUUGGGGAAUACCCCUGAAGAGCUAAUCCAGACAAAACAGCCUAAGUGUAAAACAGAAAGAAAAGCCAGCAGAAACAAUAAAGUCAGUAUCUUUCCCAAGGUGGAUUCUUAGUAAGAGCAGGAGCUUUAAGUGACAGAGGAAGGUCACUUUCUAUUACAUGUUUGAUCCCAUGGAUCUUUAUUAUG